CGCGGGGCUCCCGGCAGACCCGGAAGCGGAUCGCGGAGUGAAGGUCACAGCUUGGCUCGAUUGACUUGUAAAGACUCGUGUUACCUGAGGAAAUAGCCCUGAAGAGGAGGAGGAAAGAAAAGGAGUCAGGAAUGGCUGUCACUGAGGGACAGUUGGCAUUCAGGGAUGUGGCCAUUGAAUUCUCCCAGGAGGAGUGGAAGUGCCUGGACCCCACACAGAGGGCUUUGUACAGGGACGUGAUGCUGGAGACCUACAGGAACCUGGUCUCCCUGGGGAUCUUCCUUCCUGACCUUGGUGUUAUUUCCAUGUUGGAAGAAGGGCAAGAGCCCUGGACCUUGAAGAAUGAAGUGAAAAUAACAAGAAAUCCUGGUGGGUGGGGCUGUGUCAAAGGUGUGAACCCAGAUUUCUCUCCUAAACACAUAAUUAAAAAAUCACCUUCAAAAAGAAACAGCAGUAUAGAAGAGAGAUUCCAGAAAGCCACGCUGGGAAGGCAUGAGCACCACGAUGCUGAAGCCUUUUCCUUCAGGGACAUCCAGAGAAAGGCACAUGGCUUCCAGUUUCCGUGGAGAGAUGGUGAAGGAGAUUGUAAGGGAGUGCCCAUGAUCCAUAAAGGAAGCCACAUGGGUGGAAGAGACGGUGGUGGUGGACAGGAUGCAGGGAGCAAGCUUGAGAGUGAUUGGCUUGGGCUGGACUUUCCGCCAGGCCUGUCUACACCCCAGCUGCUUCAGUCUGCAGGGAAAAGUGAGUGUGGUGAAGAGGAGAAGUCUGUGCACAGUGGUUCUUCAGCUUUACCACCUCAAAGCGUUCCUUCCAGUGUCAGAACGCUGGAAGGAUACGGGAAUGACUUUAUUUAUUCUUCAUUGCUCAUUCCCAGGCACAAAGCACACAUUAGGGACAAGCCUUACAGAUGCCAUGAGUGUGGCAAGGUCUUUAGUUACACCUCCUCUCUCGCACAUCAUCGCAGAAUCCACACUGGAGAGAAACUGUACAAGUGUGCUGAGUGUGGCAAGGCUUUCUUCAGGCGCUCCUAUCUUUUGGUGCACGAGAGACAUCACACGGGAGCAAAACCUUACAAGUGCAAUGAGUGUGGUAAGGUCUUCACUCAGAACUCACACCUAACAAGUCAUCGCAGAACUCACACCGGAGAGAAGCCGUACAAGUGUGCUGAGUGCGGCAAGGCCUUCAGCGUGCGCUCCAAUCUAACCAACCAUCAGGUGAUCCACACUGGAGAGAAGCCAUACAAGUGCAACGAGUGUGGCAAGGUCUUCAGCCAGACCUCGAGCCUCGCGAUUCACCGGAGAACUCACACAGGGGAGAAACCAUACCGGUGUAACGAGUGUGGCAAGGUCUUCAGCUCUCACUCAAACCUCAACACCCACCAGGUCAUCCACACUGGAGAAAAGCCCUACAAGUGUUCUGAGUGUGGCAAGGUCUUCACUCAGAACUCACACCUGGCCAAUCAUCGUAGAACUCACACCGGGGAGAAGCCGUACAAGUGUACAGAGUGUGGCAAGGCCUUCAGCGUGUACUCAAGCCUGACUACUCACCAGGCGAUCCACACCGGGGAGAAGCCGUACAAGUGCAAUGAGUGUGGCAAGGUCUUCACCCAGAACUCACACCUGGCAAGUCACCGGAGGACUCACACUGGAGAGAAGCCUUACAAGUGUGAUAAGUGUGGCAAGGCCUUUAGUGUGCGCUCAAGCUUGACUACCCACCAGGCAGUCCAUACUGGAGAGAAGCCGUACACAUGUAAUGAGUGUGGUAAGGUUUUUAGCCGAAGCUCCAACCUUGCAAGUCAUCGAAGAACUCACUCUGGACUCAAGCCUUACAAAUGAGUGUAGCCAGGUCUUUGCCUUGCACAACAUCUGUGCAUUCAUUUUUAAGAGAGUUUAUAAACGCAGUGACUGUAGAAGACGAUC